AUGGCAUCAGUGAACGGGACUGAACCCGCGGCUUAUCGCCGAUUCCUCCCAGAUCUCUCGACGCCGAGAUUCACUACCAUGAAGAAACAAGAUGCCCACGAAUACGCCGAAGCUUUCAAGACUGGAGGAAACCCACCUUGGCUUCAUAGCUUAUAUAAGCACUGGAUAGGUUUACUUGAGGACCCUUUCAAGGGAAUUACCAGCGACGGCCAUGUUCGACUAGGACUCUUUAAUCUGCAAGAUGAAGGGAUUCCGAUUGAUGACAUUACCAACGCUGCUACUGCCGUCAUCGAGGCAUGUACCAAAGACCAGCUUCACCGAGUGAUGUAUCAUAUUGAUUCAUCUGAAUGGCGUACUUGGUCAAAUCCAGAAUUCCUCCUCAGCGACAAGGGCAUUAGGUUAGACGAGAUCAACAGUACCCUUCGCGAUCGAGUCAUGAAAGUUCUACAAGCGACGUUAUCAACAAAGGGAUAUGAGAAAGCUGUCGCUGCCAUGAGAAUCAACGGUUUCCUUGGAGACUUGGUCGAGGCACCAGCGGUUAUGAACGAAUUCUCUUACAACUUUGUCCUCUUCGGUAAACCAUCAACAGACCGACCCUGGGGCUUCUCCUUCUAUGGCCAUCACCUUUGUCUCAACAUUUUCCUCCACAAGGCCCAAAUUGUCAUCUCACCUUGGUUUACAGGUGCUGAACCGAACUUGAUCGACGGGGAUGGCCCGUACAAGGGCACGAGAAUUUUAUAUGUUGAAGAAAAGUUAGGUUUGGAGUUGAUGCAAAGUCUCGACGCGACAAAACAAAGGCAAGCCCAGAUCUACAAAGACAUGCAUGAUACAGAGAUGCCACACGGUCGAUGGAAUCAUGACGAUCAAAGGCAUCUCUGUGGUGCAUAUCGCGAUAAUCGCAUCGUGCCUUAUGAAGGAACUUUGGUUUCUGAUAUGGACGAUGCCCAAAAGGCCAUUGUGGAACAGAUAUUUGAGCAGUACCUCCUCUACCUCCCCGACAAGGCCCGCGCGAUGCGCCUCGACAACAUCCGUCAAUGGUUCCACGAAACGUACUUUUGCUGGAUUGGAGGCCUUGGUGAUCAAGAUCCCUUCUAUUAUCGACUGCAGAGUCCGGUCGUUAUAGUCGAGUUUGAUCAUCAUUCUGGGGUUUUCUUGACCAACAGUGAACCCGCCAAGUUCCACAUCCAUACUCUUCUGCGCACGCCAAACGGGGGUGACUAUGGAAUGGCACUGCGGCCACUGAUUCCUGGGAAGGAGCAAGGAUUUCUGUGGCAGGAAAAAGCUUGA